AUGGGUUCCUUCGUAUACCUUGGAUCCCAAGUCACAUGUGACUCGGACACAUCCUUGGAAAUUCGGAGGCGAAUCCUCGCUGGAAUUCGCACCUUCUGUAGUCUACUUUUCAUCUUCAGCACCCGAUUUCAUUGGUUUCGCCAGCACGAAGAAACAACAGAACAAACGAAUGAAAAAAGGCUAGCACAGUUGGAAAGCUCCUGCAAAAGAUUAAACAACGGUGGACAUACAAACCUCCAGCCGGUAUUCUACUUGCACAGCAAGAAUCACAGUUUGCUUUACUGUCUUGUGUUUAAAGCUGCCACCAGUUCCUGGUUCUACAACUUCAACUCUUGGGCCGGCUACACCGACUAUUAAAUCAUGAACGUUGACAACUUGCUACUUGCUAGACAGUUCUAUCAGAAAGAAAACCGCAUAACACUCAGGAAUUCGAUGCAGCAUUCGUUCUCCUUCAUCAUUGUACGGCAUCCAUUUGAGCGGUUGAUUUGUGCAUUCGAGGAUAGAUUGGUUAGCAUGAAAAAUGCGUACUAUUCGCAAGUUUCUCGCGCGAUUUACCGACGAUACCACCCCACAGGCAAUGGUGUUAUUUCGUUCCGAGAUUUUGUUCAGUACAUAAUCGACGAGGUGCAAUAUAAUAAUAAUAAUACGAGUGCCCUAGACAUUCACUGGUGUCCAGUGAACAAUCUGUGCACACCUUGCCUGGCACGGUACGAUUUAAUUGUGAAGAUGGAAACAUACGAACGUGACAUACGGUUACUCACGAAAGCGACUCGUUUGGAAGGAAAAGUGAAGGUCGUACAUAUUAAUCACGUUCGCAAGGAAGCGCUAAACAAGCUUAUUCAAAAAUAUUUUUCACAGAUUACAGAGCAGCAGAUGGAUAAGUUGUACAGUAUUUAUAAGAUAGACUUUGAGCUGUUUGGAUACUCUGCCGAAAAUUAUUUUCAAGUUACGAAAGCAUUAAACUUUUGA